UUCAAUUGGUUUUCUCCGAGAUUUGAACUCCUUCAUAGCUCUGUUUAAGUGGGAAAAGGGGGAAACUUUUUUUUUUGGUUUCGUUUUGGUUUUUGUAUUAAAAUCUGGAAGAAUAUAUUGUGGUGUCCGUCCGAUUCUGUUUACACAAUGGUGAUGAAAGCAUGGAUAGUGGUGGAGAAAGUUAGGAGGAUCGUACGGACGGCGAUUUUCAUGGUGGUUAUGCUGGCUUCGCUUGCAGCAUCGUCUCUGCCGUUGAUGGUAGCGGUAGGCGAUAUCAUGGUCCCUUUCCUUUUACUCUCCAGCUUCACGUGCGUCACGUGUUACGGCUUCAACGAACACUUUCGUCUUUACGCUUUCAAAAGCUCCUUAAUCGAUAUCCCUCUCGUCUCCAUUCUCAGAUCUAUCAUCAUCACCUGUGUAUACUCGUUGUGUGAUGGUCCGACAUUAUCUCAUGGGCCUUUCGUAGGAACCGCCACUUUGUGUUCAUUCGUUUCUAUCCUUGUACUUUCAAUUAAGGCGUGUGUUUUUACGGUGAAUUCUGGAAUAGAAGCAGAGACAUCGUCGGCAAGCCAAAGGCUUCAUUGGAAGAAACCAUGGGGAAUGCCUGUUUUGUUUCUUUCCUCUGUACUUUUCGCACUUGGUCAUACUGUGAUUGCUUAUAGAACAAGUUGCAGAGCAAGGAGAAAGCUUAUGUUUCAUCGAGUUGACCCUGAAGCUGUUCUUUCGUGCAAAAAUGUUUUCUCUGGCUUCCAGAAGGUUCCACGAUCUCCCACUCCCUCUGCAGGGAAAACCCCAAAAAGUGACAGUGAAGCAAGGAGAAAACCUUUCGGGCAAUCUCAUGAUGAAGGGGAACUCCCUGCUAGAUUACUUGCUGACAUUGAUAGCUUAUUCAUUACAUUGCAAGGGCUUACCAUUCAUUACAAGCUUUCCUUUCCUGGUACACCCCCUAGGUCUUUGUCAUCUACUACCUUUCUGGGACCUAAAGUUAGUUUCACACCAGAAGUAGCUCCUGGAAGGCUAAAGCUUGAUAGGAAAGUACAAAGCUUGUCAUCAAAAACGCAAUCUCACCAUCUUCAGAGGACCUAUAGCAAUCAAUUUCACAGCUCUUCACUUUAUGCUCCACUGUUGGAUGGUCCCCCAACUUCUCCUGUACUUUCUGAAGAUAUUCCUGUUUUCAGGCUUGACGAUUCAGAUGCACAGGUUGAGACAGGUCAUAUGAACCAUGGGACUCUGAAACAAGAUAUAGAGGCAAAUGGUGAGUUUGGUAUUGUUUUAGUGCAUGGGUUUGGUGGAGGAGUCUUCUCUUGGAGGCAUGUGAUGGACGUGCUUGCUCGCCAAGUUGGUUGUUCGGUUGCUGCUUUUGAUCGGCCUGGUUGGGGAUUGACCUCUAGGCCAAGCCGGGUGGACUGGGAGGCAAAAGAGUUGCCCAAUCCUUACAAGCUUGAAACUCAGGUUGACUUGCUUCUUUCCUUUUGCUCUGAGAUGGGGUUUUCUUCAGUGGUGCUUGUUGGCCAUGAUGAUGGAGGUCUGCUUGCUUUGAAAGCUGCACAAAAAGUCCAAAACUCAAUGAAUUCAUUCAAUAUUACAAUCAAAGCAGUGGUUUUGCUAAAUGUCAGCUUGUCAAGAGAAGUUGUUCCCACCUUUGCAAGGAUACUCUUGCGCACUUCACUUGGGAAGAAGCACUUAAUCCGUCCACUUCUGCGAACAGAAAUUACACAAGUGGUGAAUAGACGUGCAUGGUAUGAUUCAACCAAGUUAACAACAGAAGUUUUGAGCUUCUACAAGGCCCCACUAUGUGUAGAAGGUUGGGACGAAGCACUUCAUGAGAUAGGCAGGUUGUCACAUGAAACAAUCCUUUCACCACAGUAUGCAACAUCGCUGUUAAAAUCUAUUGAAGAGAUGCCAGUAUUGGUCAUUGCUGGUGCUGAAGAUGCCCAUAUUUCACUUAAAUCUUCGCAGGCCAUGGCUUCAAAACUUGUAAAUUCUAGACUGAUUGCAAUAUCCAGCUGCGGCCAUCUUCCGCACGAGGAAUGCCCCAAGGCAUUACUUGCAGCCAUUUCACCUUUCAUAAGCAGAUUGCCACCCAAACCAGAAUAGCAUAGUUAGGACACCUCUUUUUAUUUCUUGUUUCAAGCAAUCUUUCCCGGAAGGAUGAGGUAAUCAGAACUCUUCUUUUGGGUAAUUUUGAUGUGCUGAGACUUAUCCUAACCCUAAUUCUCUGGGGUGUUCGUAGAGCUCUCACUUGUAGUUCUCUUCUCUCCUUUUGGUGGUGUUAAGGUUUGAAUUACUGAUGUUUGUUUUGACAGUUGUAUCUAUUUGCCAUUCAAAGGAGUGGCAAAAUGGCAUAUAUUUGUACAUUUGUGAAAAUUGGUUAUGAAUGCAUUUGAGCAUUGUUU